GCUUCGAGCUAUCGUUUCGUUUCCCGGAUCAAGAACGGCAAUUGAACGGUUGAUCUCCUCCUCUCCCUCCUUGCUCAGCGUCGGCUCCCGGACGGGCGGAGGAUCAACCUCGAGGCUCUUAUCACAUAUUAGACACCCCUCAUGGCAGAGCAAAACAUCUCAACAUGACAAGCAUUACUCUUGAAGACCUUUUGGCCAUGGAGGCGAAUUGCGACCGCGACGAGAGCGUCGACCUGCGCUCACUGGACUACGUUUCCAGCUACGAUGACCAUCUUAUGUGUCCGAUAUGCCACUGCCCCUUCAUAAGCCCGGUCCGGUUGAAGUGCGAUCAUGUAUUCUGCCAGAAAUGUCUUGUAUCGGCCAUCACGACCUUCGCAGCAUCUCGAGACGACUUCACGUGUCCUGCCUGUCGCACACCCACCGGCGGUGUUUACCUCAAACUCCCCCGCCUCUUGGUCAACAUGUGCGACGAGAUUCGAGUGAGGUGCCCAUUUCGGAGCGAAGGGUGUGAGGAAGUAGCGCCAAGAGUGUUCAUUCAGACUCAUGUCGACAAAUACUGCGGGUAUAGACCGAUGGACUGUCCGCUGGGCUCAUGUGGGUUGAAGACACGGAAGAAGGACCUCGACCCGGAAGGGAGAUGCUUGCAUGAACUUCACCAAUGCGCGCGAUGCGAAGGUAAUAUCAUGGAGCAAGACUAUAAGGAACAUCUUGACGAAUUAUGCCCCAACCUCCAAACCACCUGCCCAGACUGCCAUACCACGAUCCUCCGCAGAGAACUCAAACAGCAUGCAGACACCUGCCCUGAAACCAUUCACAGCUGUGCCGCCUCGAAAUACGGCUGUCCCAUUCAACUCAAGCGCGCCGACCUAGCCACGCACGAACAAACGUGCCCUUUGAUCUCCAUGGGCCCGUACUUCGACGCUCAGAAUGCGCGUCUCGACUCGCUUGAACUCACCAUUCGCCAUCUCAAACAACGGAAUGAGAUCUUCGAGGACGGCUUAGCGAACAUCCGAACCACCCUGGCCCAGUCGCCGACUGCUUCUGCGGGCCCGGAUGAUCGCGCAACGACUUCUACUCCACCCCGCCGCAACAACAACGCCCCAACAUCCCCCAACAGCCAGUCUCAGAUCGAUAGCUCCAACCAAUACACUGCCACCACAACAAACUACCUUCUCUCCUUACACGAGUCCCUCCGCGAGGAAGUCGGCCAACUCUCCCACGCCAUCACGGAUCUCGACGCCCGCGCCAGCAUGGCGAUCAUGAGCGAGUGUCUCCGCAUCAAGGAGGACAUGGCUCAUACCAAUGCCGCGGUGAGCAGUAUUCGCAUGCAGGUGCAAUGGCUUCUCAACCCUCGACUCCAUCAGCAUCAGAGCUCACAACGGACCGGGGGCGUCCGCACUGGCGCCAGCCCCGGUGGUCAUACUCCCACGGCUGCUGCUGGACCCAGCACCUCCACCAUCCCGCUUCGUCCGCGUAGACUUAGCGAUAGUGGGCGCGAGGGAACGAAGUUAUAGACCCUGGCGCUUUACAAGCAUCACUAGCCUUCUUCGGUUCUAUCUCUCGGCAGUGGCUCGGUCCAUCGAUAUACUCGGCCACUAUGCGACACCGGCGAA